GAGGGAGGCGGGUCAGUCGAGCGUGAGCAGUGGCGGUCGAGCUACAGAUGCACGUGUUGCUCCAGUUGUGAUGGUCGCAGGCCGUGCAGGUGUCGCAGGUGGAGCAGAGGCAGCAGCAGCAGCAGCAGCAGCGGCAGCAGCACGAGCAGGAGCGGCGCCGCCACACACUAGCGCCCCUGGCGGCGUCCGGCGCUGCGCCUUGCCUAAAAUGGCGGUGUUGGGGCUCGGCGCGCGCGGCCGCGGUUAGUGUGACGGAGCAUGUGCCCGCGGCGCCCGGCCGCUCUCGCUCCCCCUGCUGCUGCUGCUGCCGCUGCCCGUCGCCGCGCCUCUCCUGCUCAGCCUCCACAGCUGCAGCAGCCUUCAGCCCCGGCCCGAGUGGGAAUAGUGACUGCGGACGCGCACAGGCGCCGAGAGCGCGGGUGGAGGGGCAGCCGCAGCCGCAGCCGCAGCAGCCCGCGAGACCUUAGUGAUCAGUGUUAGCGUGAAGCCCUUCUUCAGCAGCAGCGCCACGUGUAGCGCGCCCUGCCCGCCCACCGCGCCCGUGGCUGCCAGCAGCUGCAGCAGGGGCGGCCCCCACCAUGGCCUCCACCGGGCAGGCGAGCGGCUCCAACAAGGCUAUGAACGGCGGCCGCUUUGACUUCGACGACGGCGGCACGUACUGCGGCGGCUGGGAGGACGGCAAGGCCCACGGUAACGGCGUGUGCACGGGGCCCAAGGGCCAGGGCGAGUACUCGGGCUCCUGGCACUACGGCUUCGAGGUCAGCGGCGUCUACACUUGGCCCAGCGGCAGCACCUACGAGGGCCAGUGGCAGAACGGGAAGCGCCACGGCCUCGGCGUCGAAACCCGCGGCAGGUGGGUCUACCGAGGCGAGUGGACGCAGGGUUUCAAGGGACGCUACGGAGUCCGCCAGUCCACCACGUCGUCGGCCAAAUACGAGGGGACUUGGGCGAAUGGACUUCAGGACGGCUACGGGUCGGAGACGUAUGCGGAUUCGG